GAGGUACACGUCCAUUGUUAAUCAUUGUUAUAUUUUGAUUCAAUCCACACUCGUUACUCGCUGAUGAAUGCCGUACCUCCGAUGCACAAUCCGCCAUCUUUAUACCUUAUUUCAAUCUUUAAUCCCUUCUCAAUGGGCACCAAAUGUCUCCAACAGUGACGAAUACACUCCACAUUUCUUUGAUAGUUGGUUCAGGGGUUUAUUGAUUGUUCACGAGCUCUUCUACGCGUGUUUUUGGGGGUGGAUCUUGCGAAAGAACAAGGUGGAUUAAUUCAUUGGCAGGGGAAUCUGCGGAUUCUUCGGACUCUUCAUGAUAUUUCCUCCCCCUAACUGCUAUCAUUUUUUUUUUCGGGGGCAAUGGUUUCUUGGUCGCUCGAACCUAUGAGAACACUCCUUAAAACAUGCGCUGCCUGCUGCCGUGACUCCGAAAUGAGUAUUCUAACCUGGAAAUAUCAAAUUGGAGCGCUUGUUCGUAAACAAACAGUUGAUCGUCGUAAUUUCAACAAUUGGCUCAGCAAUGGGAGAGGUUGAUAUUGGAUUUGUGGAGGAGUGCGAACGCUGGAGACUGCAGAGCAGAUUUUUUCCGAGCAAAGUGGGGGGUGAACCGGCCUGGCUGGACCUCAAGAAUGUUCCGGGGGCUAAGGAUGUUGAGUGUGGAGCAUGUGGAGAUCCAUGUGUCUUCCUGUGUCAAGUUUAUGCCCCUUAUUUUGCUAAUGAUGCGACUUUUCAUCGAACAAUUUUUGUGUUCGUUUGUAAGAAGAGCGAGUGCUGUAAGGAGAAUUAUGGGGGGAAUUUGAAGGUUCUGAGGGAACAGUUGAGCAGGAAAAAUGAGUUCUAUCCGUUUGAUGCACCUGAGGAGAGGGAAGACUGGAGACCAGAUUUGACUGUCGACAAGUGGACGAAAACCUGUCACGUCUGUGGACUGUCAGCCCCCAGUAAAUGUGCAAAAUGUAGGGAAGUCAGCUACUGCUCCAAAAGCCAUCAAGUGAUCGACUGGAAGACUGGGCACAAGGAGAUCUGCAAUGAUCCUUCGAAGAAGCCCGAGGACUCUCCCCAUAAAUUUCUGUUUCCAGAGUUGGAGUUGAUAACGGAGUCUGAGAACUCGGAGGAUUCUGAGGAUGAUGAGGUCGAUGAGAUGGAGAAGGAGAAACGAGAGAUGGAGAAGUAUAAAUUGAUGGUGAAGAGUGGAAAAGCUGGGACUCUUCAGUCGGAAAAGGAAGUCGAUGGGGUCAAGAUGGCUGAGGAUGAGGACGAGGUUUUCACAGAAUUCCGGAGUAGAGUUGAUAAACAUCCAGAUCAAGUGUUGAGGUAUGACCGAGGAGGUUCUCCUCUCUACAUUUCUGCACACAAUCAACCCGAGAACAUUCCAAAGUGUGAGGAGUGCGGUGGAGACAGGCAAUUCGAAUUCCAAAUCAUGCCACAAUUGUUGAAUUACCUGGGCUCCUCUGACGUCGUGAAGGAUCUCGACUGGGGUGUAAUGUCAAUCUUCACGUGCAAAAAUUCCUGCAUACCCAAAUCUGGGUAUUGCUCAGAGUUUAUCUGGAAACAAGACAUUGUCGGCUCGAAGAAAGCCCUGUCCAAAACAAAUACCUAAUUUUAAUACAGAAUACCCAAUAGAAGAUUAACAACUGGCAUUUCCAGGAUUCAUCGUUAUUUAUUGCAAAAUAUUACUCUCUGCAUCCAUGGUUUUAAAACCACAUAAUAAAUGGGGAUUUUAUAUGCAUUUUGCCACAUGACUAGAGUUGAAAUAGCUCAUAGGUGAGUUUUUUAUUUUAAUGAGCAAUCCUCUUAUUAAUUUGUUCCACGUGAAGAAAUGAGGGCCAUGCUGCCGGAAGAAAAGUAGUUUAGUGAUGCCAUGAUGGCAGUGGUUUUGACGAAAAAGUCAAUUAAAAACUACAGGUCAAAAAAUAAUGCACAAAGCUGUAAAAAUACUUCACAUGAACAUUUAUUUAUUGCAAAAUAUUCCUCUUUAUUUUUAAAGUAAAAAAAAGGUAAAAACGAUAGAUUUAUGAAUGCACUUUAUGAGUUUAUCUCGGACAGAGAGCGUGUCUGCCUCCAUCCACAGGUAAUGUAGCUCCAGUUAUAAAGCUUGCAUCAUCGCUCGCCAGAAAAGCAAUAGUUCUGGCAAUUUCCUCGGGCUGGCCUGGUCUGCCAAGUGCAUGAGUCGUCUUGCUGCGCUCGAAGAAGG